AUGGCUGCCGGAAGGUUACUGCUCUACACGGGCCUCUCGCUAGCGCUCUGCGCCCUCGGCAUGCUGGCCGUGGCCAUCUGCUCGGACCACUGGUACGAGACGGACGCCAGGAAGCACAGGGACAGGUGCAAGGCCUUCAACACCCGCCGGAUCGAUCCUGGCUUCAUUUACAACAACAACAACAACUUGCCGCUCCGAGCGAGCCGCUCGCGCCUGGACCGCUGGGAGGGCAAACUCCUCCGGGCCCGGAAUCGCAGGCAGCUCUUCGCCAUGAGCCCCAUUGACGAAUGCAGCCGGCAGUACAACUCCACCAACAUGGGGCUCUGGAGAAAGUGCCACCGGCAGGGCUUCGACCCCGAGAUCGCCGCUCUCAUUCGGAAAGGAGAAAUUGAGCGAUGCACAUACAUCAAAUACCACUACUCCUCAGCCACCAUCCCAAGGAAUCUCACUUUCAACAUCACGAAGACCAUCCGCCAGGAUGAGUGGCAUGCCCUGCACCUGCGUAGGAUGACAGCCGGCUUCAUGGGCAUGGCGGUGGCCAUCAUCCUCUUCGGCUGGAUCAUCGGCGUGCUGGGCUGCUGCUGGGACCGAGGCCUUAUGCAGUAUGUGGCCGGGCUUCUCUUCCUCAUGGGAGGAACCUUCUGCAUCAUAUCACUGUGCACCUGUGUGGCCGGGAUCAACUUUGAGCUGUCACGCUACCCUCGCUACCUGUAUGGACUCCCCGAUGACAUCAGCCAUGGCUAUGGAUGGUCCAUGUUCUGUGCGUGGGGGGGCCUGGGCCUCACACUCAUCUCGGGGUUCUUCUGUACCUUGGCCCCUUCUGUCCAACCUGUCCCGAGGACCAACUGCCCUAAAUCCAGACCCGAGAAUGGGACAGUGUGCUAAAAAACAAACCCAUACACAUAUAUAUAUAUAAAUAUAUAUAUAAUAUACAUAUAUAAAACAAAGCUAAAUCCCGAUGAAGCCAGUGCCAAGGCAGAGUGGAGGUGGCUUAGGCACCGCAUCUCGUCGGACGUUGUGUGUGUUGCCUCAUCGCCGAGAUGGGGAAGGCGUUCCCACCACGUGGCUCUUCCAUCAAUUCUUAACUUUUGGUUCCAUGGUUCCCUGGAGACAGAGUGAACAUCACCACUCGAGACAGCAUCCCAAUCCCCGUCUCUCAUGAGGAUGGGGUGGUGGGCUGGGCAGGGACAGUGCCAGGGGGCUGGAGAGACACCGAUGUAGGGAAGGAAGUGCCACCCACCAGGCCAGUCACCCCCACACUGAUCAUAUCACAGAGAAGCAACACCCUUAUUCACAGAAUGUCACCAAAUCUUCAAGGCUGUGGCAGAACCACUCCUCCUGCUCUUCCUGUCCUGGUUCCCUCUGGCUCACCAGUGACACAUCAGAAGUGGAGGAGAGAACAAAGCAAGAAGGGAGUUUUCUCUUUGCUGCCAAACUUUUGGACAAAGUUCUAGAGGUGGGAAGGGGGAGAGACCAACCUGCUGAGAGGCAAGAUCUGCAUCAACGAAAGGACACUUCAGCGGAUGCUCAGAAAACCCAGUCUUACCUUCCAGCUGCCUUACACCACGUUCAAUAAGAGGCCGCCCUGCCCCCACCCCACCUGCACUCCCUGGGCAGCCGGAGCCUUGGAGUGAUGCUGUGAUGUGUGCGUGUGCGUGUGUGUGUGUGUGUGUGUGUGUGUGUGUGUGUGUGUGUGAGAGAGAGAGAGAGAGAGAGAGAGAGAGAGAGAGAGAGAGAAACUACUUUGGGUGGUUCCCUUUCUUCCUUUUCACCUUUUAGAAUGGAAAUACUGCAUUCUGACUCUUGUCUCUCUGUCCAUUGGGAUGGUUUCAGGGCCCAGCAUGGAGGCCCAGAGGCCAGGAAGACAAUAAGGGGCAGGCCCAAGUGGGUGCCAGUUCUGCAGCUUCUGGUCCCUAGAGUGUGUGUGCGGUGGAUGUUUGCUGAGUGCGGGUUUUAUCGUGUGUGUUGCAUUUUUCUAUUAUUUUUAGUGCAGCUUAAAUUUCCAGAGGGCAGAACCGAGAACACCACCACUGGGCUGAGGACCCUGUGUGUCUUCACAGCCCGGUUCUUGGACACCCCAGGCUCUAGUCCCCUCAUUUCAGAAGUUCACCACUCAGCUGGGCACAAGAGCUAUGAGCAAAGAGGGGGACACGGUUCAAGAGGGAGGAGGAAUGUGCCCUCCGCUGCUGUUGCACAAGUCUGUCCACCAAACAAGAUCGUUUGCUCCCCAGCCAGGGAGCUGUCCUUCGUCACUGGACAUCUACCACUUCCCUCGCGGCGACUUCUGUACAGAUGAAAGCAAAUGGGUCACGUGGCAGGGAGAGCACCUCCAUGUCCCAUGGGCUCCAGUUUGUAUGAUAUUGUGUAAAUUAAUGGAGAACUCUUGUCUCUUCCCAACCUUUUCCUUUCCCUCUUGAUAGUCAAGGCCAUGUAUCCCCACAUAGCUGUCAUGGUGGCCAGCACCCAAGCAGAGGUGGCCUAAAUCCAGCCGGUGUCUCAGGCUCACUUGAGCCCAUUGGCACACUGCAGAUGAUGGGCUACAAAGUCAGCUGUAGGGGCAGGCGUCUGCCAGGUGGAGUGGGUAGGAGCAGCUGGCAGCCUCCUCAGUGACCCUGCUGGGGCGGAGCAGCUCUGGGGAGUCCAGGAGAGUGUCCCCGAGCUCUGCAGCCGUGGGUCAGCUAUGCAACUGAGAAUUCAGUUGCUUCAGAAAUAAAUAUGCUUUGGGAACUUUGCCAACCACUCAGCAGCCUUCCUUCCCACCCAGGCCCUCUGUUUCAUCUAUCUUCCUCCACCUUUUCUCACCUACUAAUCACUUAGCAUCUGCCUCUCCCAUCCGCCAGGCUGCUAGUCCUGCCUGUCUCCUCAUCUGCUCUUUCUGACUGUGUGUGUGUGUAACUCACAUCCGGAUAGGACAUGUGGUGUGCAUGGAUGGGCCUGAACGUGGGUCUCUGGAUGUGUGUAUCCCUCUGGUGCAUUUGUGUAUGUUUGUGCCAAUAUGUACCUGACACAGGUGUGGGUGUGCUCUUCAAACUUCCUUGCCAGCAACACUGAUCAGCUUCUGCAGAAGGUCCUGGGUGUGAGUGCCCUGUGCAUGGGCGUGUUGGGCAAUGAGGGGUGAGGGGUGUAGCGGGAAAUGCUGUUAAUUUCCAACUCAGCUUCUAAGGAUUAUUUCUAAAACAGAGGAUUUGUUCUAUAAGAAGGGAAAUAAUUUUCAGGAAAAUUCAACUUUCAAUUGUACAGAAAAUUGUUUAAAUUUUUUCUUUGAAAAGUUAUAUUUCCCUCUUAAGGGGAAGGGCAUACUUGGGCUUGAGGAAAAGUGAGGAGAAGUAUCUCAGAUUGAGAGGCCAUUGUCUUCCUUCCAAGUGUCUUGAGUGGGCUCCGCCGAGCAGAGAAUGAAUGACAGGUAUCCAUGAGUGUCCAUUUGGGGCAGGUGGCUUUUGUGUGGCCCGACCCAAGUUCCAGAUGUUUUCUAGUUGCAGGAAAUCGGGGAAAGAACCCAGAAGGGGCAAUUUUCUAUCAAUCAUUUAAACUUUUCUUUAGUAACCAUGCUUGAGGAUGCUGCCUCACAGACCCAUCACUAUCUAUAUCCUCCUUUUUUAUGCCAUUCUUGCCAAAACUAGAUCACCCACUCUCUCAAGUACUAAUCUUUUUUUUAAUAUAUUUUAUUGAUUUUUUACAGAGAGGAAGGGUGAGAGAUAGAGAGUUAGAAACAUCGAUGAGAGAGAAACAUCGGUCA